UGCGUGCUGGCCGCGCUCGCUCACGGACGUGCGCGCGCCCCAGAGGACGUUUAUUUGGCGCCCGCUGUGUGCGGUGGACGGCGCGGGGGCCCAGCUGCCCCUAGAGCGAGCGAGGUCCAAGGCUGAUACGCGGCGAUGGCGCCCCCGUUGGAAGGCAGUGCUGACGCCCUGUUCCCGGACCUGCCCCGGGGGCCCCUGCAGGCCUACCGCGCCCGGGCCUCCUUCUGCUGGAAGGAGCUGGCGCUGUUCCUGGAGGGAGAGGACACGCUGCGCCUGAAGAAGACCAUCUUCUCGGCUCUGGAGAACGACCCCCUGUUCGCCCUCCCCCGCGGGGGCCGUCUCUCCCUGGAGAAGUACCGAGAGCUGAACUUCCGACGCUGCAAGUGGAUCCUGGAGCGCAGCCUGGUCCGCGUGGAGGACAUGGUGCAGAGCCCUCUGUCCACCCUGACGCUGAUCACCUGCCUGGGCACGUAAGACUGGUCGCUGGCCGUGAAGGUCUUGCUGCACUUGCUGAUUUUUGGGUUCGCGAUUUACAACUCUGGUUCCGAAAGACAUUUAGAAUACCUUCCCAAGAUCUUCAACAUGGAGAUAUUUGGAUGUUUUGCUGUGACUGAAGUGAGUCACGGGAGCAACAUCAAGGGCAUCCGAACGACCGCUCACUACGACCCGGCCACUGAGGAAUUCAUCCUCCAUUCCCCGGACUUCGAGGCCGCCAAGUUCUGGGUGGGCAACAUGGGCAAGACGGCCACCCACGCCGUGGUGUUUGCCCAGCUGUACACGCCCGGAGGGCACUGCCACGGCCCGCACGCCUUCGUGGUGCAGAUCCGGGACCCCAGGACCCUGCUCCCCAUGCCAGGUGUGAUGGUUGGCGACAUUGGCGAGAAGCUCGGGCUGAAUGGCGUUGACAACGGAUUUGCCAUGUUCCACAAGGUGAGGAUUCCUCGCCAGGCCCUCCUGAACCGGACUGGAAACGUCACCCCUGAGGGUACCUACGUCACCCGCAUCAAGGACACCAGGCAGCGCUUCGGAGAGUCCCUGAGCAACCUGUCGUUGGGCCGGGCCACCAUCGUGGCCAUGUCCAUCGUGAACUUAAAGCUGGCCGUUUCCAUAGCCCUUCGUUUCUCAGCCACGCGGUGUCAGUUUGGGCCCCCGGGUGAGGCUGAGAUUCCGGUGCUCGAGUAUCAGCUACAGCAAUGGCGCUUGCUUCCCUAUCUGGCGACAGUGUUUGCCUUAGACCACUUUUCCAAGUGGCUCUUCCUGAACAUGGUGGAGUUUCAGCAAGGCUGCAUGGGGACGGACCGAAGCCCCAGGCAGGUAGAGCUUGGACGUGAGAUCCACGCCUUGGUGUCGGCCGCCAAGCCCCUGGCCUCGUGGAUGGUGCAGCGGGGAAUUCAGGAGUGCCGGGAGGCGUGCGGAGGACACGGCUAUCUGGCGGUGAACCGCCUGGGCGACCUCAGGAACGACAACGACCCCAGCUGCACCUACGAAGGGGACAACAACGUCCUGCUGCAGCAGACCAGCAGCUACCUGCUCAGCCUGCUGGAGGACCGCCGCCAGGGUGGCACUCGCCUUGAGAGCCCUCUGGGGACCGUGGACUUUCUGGAAACCUAUCCCGACAUCCUUGGCCAGAGGUUCACGUGCUCCAGCGUCGAAGGCUGCCUGGACCCAUCAGCCCCGCUGGCGGCGUACGAGUGGCUGGUGUGCUACCUGCUCCGAGAGAGUGCGCAGAAGUUAGAUCGCGAGAAAAGAUCGGGAAGCGGUGACUUCGAAGCGAGAAACAACAGCCAGGUGUACCACUGCCGCAGCCUGGCCCUGGCGUUCCUGGAGCUCACGGCCGUGCGGAGUUUCCACGAGCACGUGCACCAGCCCAGCGUGCCGCCCCCCCUGCGCGCCGUGCUCCAGCAGCUCAGCGCUCUCUACGCCCUAUGGUCCCUGAACCAGCACACGGCCCUGCUCUACCGAGGCGGCUACUUCGCUGGUGAGCAGCCCGGUAAAAUGAUCGAGAACGCCAUCCUGGGCUUGUGUUCCCAGCUGAAAGAUGACGCCAUUGCCCUGGUGGACGUGAUCGCCCCUCCCGACUUUGUCCUGGACUCACCGAUCGCCAGAGCCGACGGCGAGCUGUACAAACACAUGUGGGCCACUGUCCUUCAGGAGAGCGGAGUUCUGGAGCGGCCAUCAUGGUGGCCCGAGUUUUCCGCCACCAAGACCCACACGGGAAGUCUGAACUCGAAGCUGUAGAAACACCGGCGCGUUCGGCUAAGUCUGAGUACACUCAUUCAGCUGAUGGGAAUCUGACCUCAAAUUACAGUUCCGGAAGAUACUAGAAAUCACCACCACUUUCUGAACGCACGUCUGCCAGUCCUGUGUGGUCCCGCCUCCCGACUGCACCCGGGGGGCUCAGCGGGAAGAGGCCACCGGGCUCACAGUCUGAAGGGAAGCUCUGUGUGAUCACCUGUGCCUGGGGGACUGUUCCUGUGUUUGAUCAUUAGGACGUGGCCCGUGCUGUGUCCACACGCCGAAUGGGAGGCUGGCUGCUCACGGUUAGAGGUUAAUGAUCUUUCACAUUCUGAGAUUUUCUACAAAGCUCUGCUUCACUGAAUGCUUGGUGGUGCCAGUCUGACGCUCUCUAACUAAUGCAACCUCACCAUGAAAUUAAACUCUUAUCUUAAUCAUGCCUGAA